AGCAUAUUCGGACAAGCACUUUCCCCYUGUGCAGCCAGAUGAGAGGGGCGGGUGAGAGGGAGAUAAAUUGUGAGCGUCCACGUUGAAGCUGCUUCACUCAGCACGGCUCACCAUGGCGUUCAGAGGAGUUUGUGUCCUGCUGCUCGUCCUGCUGCWCGUCGGCCUCUCAUCUCAGCAGUCUCUGUUUAAGAAGAAGCCGCUGAAGAAAGCAGAGGCAACAAAAGAUGCUGCGGUGGCAGAGCUGCAGAAACAGAUUGAUAACAUCAUCCAGGAGCUCAACCUGCUGAAGGAACAACAAGCUCUGCAAACAGUCUGUUUAAAAGGCGUAAAAAUCCACAAGAAGUGUUUCCUGGCCGACCCCGUGAAGAAACGGUACCACAGCGCCAGCGAGGACUGCAACGCCCUGGGCGGGGUCCUCGGGGCCCCCACGUCCAGCUCGGAGAACGACCAGCUCAGGGACUACGUCCGUCAGAGCGUCGGCCCCGACGAGCAGGUCUGGCUGGGCAUCAACGACAUGAUGACGGAGGGCAAGUGGAUGGACCAGACCGGCUUCAGCGUCCUGUACGAGAACUGGGACACGUCCRGCCACCGGUCCCCGCAGCCGGACGGCGGCAUGUCCCAGAACUGCGUCGUCCUGUCGGGGGCCUCGCAGGGGAGGUGGCAGGAUGAGAACUGUCGCGAGGAAAGACCCUCGGUCUGUCAGUUCAACAUCGUUUGAUCUCAUUUAGACUCUUUUUUUUCAGCUGCUUUCUGUGUUCGAACCCCGCCUGCCUGGAGAUCCGAAGCUUAUUUAGACCCAGAGAGUCUCAGAUAAACACGUUUUUUUUUUAAUUUUUUGACAAAAGUGAUGUGCUGGUAUGUCAUUUGCAGCUUUCCUUGUGGCAAAAAAAACCACAAGAAACUCGAUCCAGUUUCUAAACAGAAACACAAACUUUAAAAAGCAGGUAAUUUCUCUUUAWAAUAGAAGUUAAAAACAUGAAAACAUGGACCAGUUAGAGGUAUUCCUCCAUUAAAGGCUGAAUAUAGGUGCAGGCACCUUCACAAAAACAAAAUCAGGUUGUAAAUUUUCCAUCUUGUCUCGUUUUGACUCCGUUUGAUAAAAAAUUUCACACGAAACCACAAUAAAAACAAAAAAACUGCUUUUUUUUUCAUUUAUUCCAGUUUUCUUGUAUUCUUCUAAAGUUUAUACUCUGACUUAACCUGUAAAAAAUACCUUUAAUAAACUGAAUCUUCAAUCCUGCUCUGUUUGUUUCAUGAGAGAAUGAAGCAGCUGCCGUUUGCUGAAGCUGUCAAACUAAAAUUAAAAAAAAACCCUGCAGAUACAGAUGUGUGAUGCAGUUAUGUAAUCCUGGCUUCUGAAAUGCUUAUUUUCCUCUGGCUGUGGUUCUUCCACACCUKCUGGGUUUUCGUGGCUCGAGCUCCUGCGGUCAAAAUCCAGAGUUCAGAAUAAAAGACAAAAAGAAAAGAGCCGGCRCCUCGAUUUAAACUGGAAAAUUACCGUCAUCUCUUCGAUGUGUGAAGAGAGGCGACGAGUCCAGGAGUAGAAUGUGUCCCUUCUGACUUUAUUAGAAAAACAUCRACACUAAAUUAUAUUUACAGUUCAGACAAACAGGGAAAAAAAACACUAAAAA